UUCGCGACCUUUCGAUUUUCAUGAGCAACGCACGAGCGACGUCCAAGGCGGCGACCGCGGGCUCGUCGACGAAAAAGAUCGCCGCGAGUCCUUCUCGCUCCCGUGUGUCCAAGAACAAUGACCCAACUAGCUCGUCGCACUCACGACUAGUCGGCGCCUCCAGCAAAAUCGCGGGCAGCAGCAUGCACGCGGGGGGCGGCGGCGGCAACCAGGCGACGCAGGUGUAUCUAGAUGGGAUGAAUGUGACGCCGCAGUCGCUGCUGUUCACUCGAACCAAGGGUUCCGACAAGUCGGCGGCAGCUGCUUCCGGGCGGGAGCGAGCCAAGGCGGCCAAGAAAACGCCCGACAACACGUCGGGGGUGUCCAUGAUGGCGUCAUCCACUAGCUCGGUGUUUUCAGAGAGUGAAGGCGGGUCGUCGGCGGGCGGAGAUUCGGGCAAGUCUCUGGACGCCAUUCUAUCGGGGGUGCCAUCGAUGAAAGUUCUCGCGGGGCCUGUGGCAUCGGCCAAGAAAACAGAGGCGUCGGACGAUGGUGACGGCGACGGGCUGGUGGGCAUCGACGACUCUGGCCACUUGGACGCAACGACCUCCACUGCAGGACUACGACCCAAAAGCGAAUUGGAUGGCCGACCAGGCAUCACGGGGCGAGGAGAGACCAAAGCAGUUCAAGGCCCCGUGACCAUUCGAUUCACAGAGACACCGACGAUGAUGCUGUUUGAGUGGCAUAGUAUUUGCGUCGGCCAAGACACCCCCGACCAUGGCAUCGUUGUGGCCAAGAACCGAAAGUACUUGGAGAUGUGCGGCAGCAAGCGGGGCAGCGACAGUUACGUCGAGAAUCGCACGCAAACUUUGCAGUUGGCACAAAAGACCAAGGAGGUCAUGACAGCUCCCCCGGCGACCCGCGAUGCCGCGAGCAGUGCCACGAACUGGGAUAUUUUCGACUCCACUCAAGCGGACAUUGACAUGUCUGGCAACGACCACGACGACGCCGCCCUCGACACCACGCCCAACAAAUCCAAAGCCGCGGUCGACGCUGAAAACGUGGACGUGCAACUGACCAAACAAGUGGACGAAAUCGUGAGCGCAUCUCUGGCGUCCCCCGGCUGUCUGCUGCUCACGGACGGGGCGGAGCUUCUGGGGGACCUCAAGGCGCGGCAACGCGCGUUGCAGCCGUCUUCCCGGCACAAGCCCACCGCCACUUCGUCGUCACAUCAUCAUGUUGGAGCAAGUGGGGACUCGAAAGCGGUGCGUGGGACGUCGAGGACGGUGACCAAUUCACGGGCGAUCGCAGGUGCCAGCACCAGCAGCACCACGACGAUCGGAGGGGGAGGAAGCUCGGCCAACGUCAACGGCAGCGCAGCCAACAACAACCAGCCGUCCUCGUCGCAGAGCGACGUGACCAGCGGCGACAUCAUCAGCGGCAGCCACGCCGACAUCUCGCGGUCCAGCGCCAACUCGGACGGGUCCAACUCGGCCGACGGCAAAGGGGCCAACAACGCGUACGCCGCCGCCAACACGAACGUCGAUCUAGCCGACAUCAUCGCCGAGCAGAAGACGCAGGAGGUUCUGGCGUCCACGGGUCUGCUCAAGACACUUCAAGUGCUGGAGCGCGCCGUGCAGCAGAACUUUUAUCACGACCGACACCUGCUGUACCGCAACUUUCCGCGGCUGUCGUCGGGGGCUUCUCAACCGACGCGGCUGGGGGCAGGGGGAAACAGCUUGUCGUCAUCGAUGGUCAAUGUGUUUGACAAGUCGAACGAGUUGGAGAAGCUAUGGGGGUUCUCGUGCGCGCUUACGGCGGGGCGGACCGUGUCUUGUGUGGCGUGGAACCCAGUGAACGACGAUUUGUUGGCCGUGUCGUAUGGCCAAUUUGACGCUGACGCAGCAGAGUCGGACGGGCUCGUGCUGUUUUGGUCGCUCAAAAACCCAGAGUACCCCGAGCGCGUGUAUAAACUCGGGUGCGGCGUCACGUCGAUCGAUUUCAGCCGGCUGCAUCCGAAUUUGCUCGCCGUGGGCUUUCACAACGGCAUCGUGGCAUUGUUCGACACGCGAAAGGACGACGCGGCGCCGAUCCUGUCGAGUGACAGCCACAGCGGGUCGCACUUGGACGUUGUGUGGCAGGUCAAGUGGGUGCACAAAGGAAGCGAGCGCGGCGAAAGCAUCGUGAGCGUGUCGUCGGACGGCCGCGUGACUGAGUGGAGCAUGAAGAAAGGACUGAGUUUCUCCGACUUGAUGACCCUCAAGAGGGUGCCCAACCCGCUCAUGGGGUCCGAAGCGCGCAUCGACGGCGUGAUUGCGCGACAAGCCAGUGGCAACUGCAUCGAGUUUGCCCAGAAUGACAGCUCCGUGUACUUUGUCGGCACAGAGGACGGCAACAUCCACAAAUGUUCGUGCUCGUACAACGAACAGUACUUGGAGACAUAUUACGGCCACACGGCGGCGGUGUAUGCGAUCCACAUGUCGCCGUUCUGGAACCAGCUGCUGUUGAGUUGCUCUGCAGACUGGACCGUCAAGCUGUGGCAUGAGGCCGACCAGCACGAAGUGCUCAACUUUCGAUCCGUGGACCUGUGCCACGGUGUGUACGGUGUCGCAUGGUGCCCCAACGACGCGACCAUAUUUGGCAGCGUGACCGAAGACGGGCGCAUUGAGAUUUGGGAUUUGGAACAGUCUGUACUUGACCCAAUCGUGACCCAUUUCCCCAAGGAAGACGUCCACUGCACGUGCAUCUCGUUCGCGCCGUCGUCGCCCGUGCUGGUGGUCGGCGACUCGACGGGGGAGGUGGGGGUGUAUCGGGUGCCGACGCUGGCGGAAGGCCGAUGUGUCGGCCAGAGCAUCGAGGACCAGAUCGAACGGCUCAAACGCGCCGUGCGGCCCCAUCAAGGCGAAUAACUGUGACAGUAACCACGUCGCAUUAUAAUAACAACUGAGACAUGGGGGCGUGGUACGAUCGGUUGGGCAACGGACUUUUGAUGCAUAUUGUUCUCUAGGCAGGACAAUUUUGUAUAAUAUUUCUCCGG